CCGGGCCCGGCCGUGCCCCGCGUCGCGCUCCCCCGGGAUGGCCCGCGCGCCUCGGCGCUGCCUCGCGGAGCUCACGGCGGAGCGGCGGCGGCCGCGCUCGGGGGGCGCGCGUGAAGGGGCCGCCUGGGUGCCGAGCGGGCGCCGCCAACAUGUCGGAUACCAAGGUAAAAGUUGCCGUCCGGGUCCGGCCCCUGAACCGACGAGAACUGGAACUCAACACCAAGUGCGUGGUGGAGAUGGAAGGGAAUCAAACGGUCCUGCACCCUCCUCCUUCUAACACCAAACAGGGAGAAAGGAAACCUCCCAAGGUAUUUGCAUUUGAUUAUUGCUUUUGGUCCAUGGAUGAAUCUAACACUACAAAAUAUGCUGGUCAAGAAGUGGUUUUCAAGUGCCUUGGGGAAGGAAUUCUUGAAAAAGCCUUUCAGGGGUAUAAUGCUUGCAUUUUUGCAUACGGACAGACAGGCUCAGGAAAAUCCUUCUCCAUGAUGGGCAAUGCUGAGCAGCGAGGCCUCAUCCCAAGGCUCUGCUGUGCUUUAUUUCAAAGGAUCUCUCUGGAGCAGAAUGAGUCACAGACUUUUAAAGUGGAAGUAUCCUAUAUGGAAAUUUAUAAUGAGAAAGUCCGGGACCUUUUAGACCCCAAAGGGAGUAGACAGUCUCUUAAAGUUCGAGAGCAUAAAGUUUUGGGACCAUAUGUAGAUGGUUUAUCCCAACUGGCUGUCACUAGUUUUGAGGACAUUGAGUCAUUGAUGUCUGAGGGAAACAAGUCUCGGACGGUAGCUGCAACCAACAUGAAUGAAGAAAGCAGCCGCUCCCACGCCGUGUUCAACAUCGUCAUCACGCAGACACUGUUCGACCUGCAGUCUGGGGUGAGCGAUCAGAACUCAGGGGAGAAGGUGAGCAAGGUGAGCUUGGUGGACCUGGCGGGCAGCGAGAGAGUGUCUAAAACCGGAGCUGCGGGAGAGCGCCUGAAAGAAGGCAGCAACAUUAACAAAUCACUUACAACCUUGGGGUUGGUUAUCUCAUCGCUAGCUGACCAGGCAGCUGGCAAGGGUAAAAACAAAUUUGUGCCUUAUCGCGACUCAGUCCUCACUUGGCUGCUUAAGGACAAUCUGGGGGGCAACAGCCAGACCUCCAUGAUCGCCACCAUUAGCCCAGCAGCAGACAACUACGAAGAGACCCUCUCCACGCUGAGAUACGCAGAUCGGGCCAAAAGGAUUGUUAACCAUGCUGUGGUGAAUGAGGAUCCCAACGCGAAGGUCAUCCGGGAACUUCGGGAAGAGGUGGAGAAACUGAAGGAGCAGCUCUCACAGGCUGAGGCUAUGAAGGCCCCUGAACUGAAAGAGAAGCUCGAAGAAUCUGAAAAGCUGAUAAAAGAGCUAACAGUGACUUGGGAAGAGAAGCUCAGGAAAACAGAAGAAAUUGCACAGGAGAGGCAGCGGCAACUUGAAAGCAUGGGGAUUUCCCUGGAGACUUCUGGUAUCAAAGUGGGAGAUGACAAGUGCUACUUGGUCAACCUGAACGCAGACCCUGCUCUCAACGAACUUCUGGUUUAUUAUUUAAAGGACCACACCAGGGUAGGUGCCGACACCUCUCAGGACAUCCAGCUCUUUGGGAUAGGAAUUCAGCCUGAGCACUGUGAGAUCGACAUUGGCUCUGAUGGAGAGGUCAGCCUCACUCCAAAAGAAAAUGCACGGUCCUGUGUCAAUGGCACCCUCGUGUGCAGCACCACCCAGCUGUGGCAUGGGGACAGAAUCCUGUGGGGAAACAACCACUUCUUCAGAAUUAAUUUGCCUAAGAGGAAACGGCGAGAUUGGUUGAAAGACUUUGAAAAAGAGACUGGCCCACCGGAGCACGACCUGGACGCGGCCAGUGAGGCUUCCUCAGAACCAGACUAUAACUACGAAUUUGCGCAGAUGGAGGUUAUCAUGAAAACGCUGAAUAGCAAUGGUGGCUUCCCGAUCAUAAGCCUGUCUGCCUGGUGGUCGUCCCCUUGGUGGUCCUAUUUGAAGAUUCUCUUCCCUCUCAUGUGGUUUCAGACGAAGCUCCUCCACAAACACUGGGAUAAAGACCCAGUUCAGAACGUGGUGCAGGUCCUGGAGAAACAGUACCUGGAGGAAAAGCGAAGCGCCCUCGAGGAGCAGCGACUCAUGUACGAGCGGGAGCUGGAGCAGCUCCGCCAGCAGCUGUCCCCGGAGAGGCAGCCCCAGAUCAGCGGCCCCGACCGCCUGGCCUACAGCAGCCAGACGGCGCAGCAGAAGGUGACCCAGUGGGCCGAGGAGAGGGACGAACUCUUUCGCCAAAGUCUGGCAAAACUGCGGGAGCAGCUGGUGAAAGCCAACACCCUGGUGAGAGAGGCAAACUUCUUAGCCGAGGAGAUGAGCAGGCUUACCGACUACCAGGUGACUCUGCAGAUCCCUGCUGCGAACCUCAGUGCCAACAGGAAGAGAGGAGCAAUAGUGAGUGAGCCAGCUAUUCAAGUGAGGAGGAAAGGAAAGAGCACUCAAGUGUGGACCAUUGAGAAGCUGGAGAAUAAAUUAAUUGAUAUGAGAGACCUUUAUCAAGAAUGGAAAGAAAAGAUUCCUGAGGUAAAGCGACUCUGCGGGAAACGAGGUGACCCUUUCUAUGAAGCCCAAGAGAAUCACAACCUGAUUGGCGUGGCAAAUGUGUUCCUGGAGUGUCUCUUCUGUGAUGUGAAGCUUCAGUAUGCAGUUCCUAUCAUCAGCCAGCAGGGGGAGGUUGCAGGGCGUCUCCACGUGGAAGUGAUGCGAGUGACAGGUGCCGUCCCGGAGCGCAUGGUGGAGGACGACUCCUCGGAGAACUCCAGUGAAAGCGGGAGUCUUGAAGUCGUGGACAGCACCGGGGAAAUCAUUCACCGAGUCAAGAAGCUGACAUGCCGGGUAAAAAUUAAAGAAGCAACUGGGCUGCCCUUAAACCUCUCAAAUUUCGUCUUCUGUCAGUACACGUUCUGGGACCAGUGUGAACCCACGGUGGCCGCCCCUGUCGUGGACCCUGAGGUGCCUUCCCCACAGUCCAAGGAUGCCCAGUACACCGUGACCUUCUCUCACUGUCAGGAUUACAUGGUCAACGUAACGGAAGAAUUCCUGGAGUUCAUUUCAGAUGGCGCACUGGCCAUCGAAGUGUGGGGCCACCGGUGUACCGGGAAUGGCAGCUCCAUCUGGGAAGUCGAUUCCCUUCAUGCUAAGACAAGAACGCUGCAUGACAGGUGGAACGAAGUUACUCGCAGAAUAGAGAUGUGGAUCUCCAUCCUGGAGCUGAAUGAGCUGGGGGAGUAUGCCGCCGUGGAGCUUCACCAGGCCAAGGACGUCAACACAGGCGGCGUCUUUCAGCUCAGACAGGGUCAUUCCCGGAGAGUCCAAGUCACAGUGAAGCCUGUCCAGCAUUCCGGGACACUGCCGCUCAUGGUAGAAGCCAUCUUGUCCAUCUCCAUCGGCUGCAUCACUGCCAGGUCAACCAAGCUCCAGAGAGGGUUGGACAGUUACCAGAGAGAUGAUGAGGAUGGUGAUGAUAUGGAUAGUUAUCAGGAAGAAGACUUAAACUGCGUGAGAGAGAGGUGGUCGGAUGCCCUCAUUAAACGGCGAGAAUACCUAGACGAACAGAUUAAAAAAGUCAGCAACAAAAAAGAGAAGACGGAGGAUGACGUGGAGCGGGAAGCCCGGCUGGUGGAGCAGUGGGUGGGGCUGACGGAGGAGAGGAACGCCGUGCUGGUGCCUGCGCCGGGCAGCGGGAUCCCCGGGGCGCCUGCCGACUGGAUCCCACCACCUGGAAUGGAAACCCACAUACCGGUUCUCUUCCUUGAUUUGAACGCGGAUGACCUCAGUGCCAAUGAGCAGCUCGUGGGCCCCCACGCAUCAGGCGUGAACUCCAUCCUCCCCAAGGAGCACGGCAGCCAGUUUUUCUACCUGCCCAUCAUAAAGCACAGUGACGAGGAGGUUUCAGCCACAGCCUCCUGGGACUCCUCGGUGCAUGAUUCCGUUCACUUGAACAGGGUCACCCCACAGAAUGAGAGGAUCUACCUGAUAGUGAAGACCACAGUCCAGCUCAGCCACCCGGCGGCUAUGGAGCUGGUCUUACGAAAACGGAUUGCAGCCAACAUUUACAACAAACAGAGUUUCACCCAGAGUUUGAAGAGGAGAAUAUCACUGAAGAAUAUAUUUUAUUCCUGUGGUGUAACCUAUGAAAUAGUAUCCAACAUACCAAAGGCAACAGAGGAGAUUGAGGACCGGGAGACGCUGGCUCUCAUGGCCGCGAGGAGUGAGAAUGAAGGCACGUCGGAUGGGGAGACGUACAUCGAGAAGUACACGCGGGGCGUGCUGCAGGUGGAGAACAUUCUGAGCCUGGAACGACUCCGGCAGGCGGUAACGGUCAAAGAAGCGCUUUCCACCAAAGCUCGGCACCUGCGGCGAAGCCUCAGCACGCCCAACGUUCACAAUGUCUCUUCCAGUCGACCAGACCUUUCUGGCUUUGACGAUGAUGAUAAGGGUUGGCCAGAGAACCAGUUAGACAUGUCUGACUACAGCCCGAGUUACCAGGAUGUAUCGUGUUAUGGAACUUUGCCUAGGGAUUCACCUCGAAGGAGUAAAGAAGGUAGUGGUUGUACAUCAGAGAAUCCUCAUGCCUUAACAGCCAGCCCUUUCAAAGCAUUCUCUCCUCAGCCACCAAAGUUUUUCAAGCCCCUAAUGCCUGUAAAAGAGGAGCAUAAGAAAAGGAUAGCGCUUGAAGCAAGGCCUCUUCUAAGCCAGGAGAGCAUGUCUCCAUCUCAGGCACAUAAUCCUGGCUGCAUUGUGCCCUCGGGAAGCAAUGGCAGCAGCAUGCCAGUAGAACUCAAUAGCAAACGUGAGAAGAAGAUUGACUCUGAGGAGGAGGAAAAUGAUAUAGAAGGUCUCAGCCGGAAGCUGAUAACUUCACAGCCUUAUGUACCUGUGGAGUUCGCUGACUUCAGCGUUUACAAUGCCAGCUUGGAGAACAGAGAGUGGUUUUCUUCUAAAGGCGAUCUGACGAACUCAAAGGUCCUAGAGAAGGAGGUGUCCCGCAGCCCCACCACCAGCAGCAUCACCAGCGGCUAUUUUUCCCACAGUGCCUCCAACGCCACCCUGUCCGACAUGGUGGUCCCUUCCAGUGACAGCUCAGAUCAGCUGGCCCUUCCGACGAAGGACACAGAUUCCAGUGAGCAUCCCGGACCGUCCCUUGGGCAGGAUUUCAGACCAUCUUCAAACAAAGAGUUGACAGAACUAGAAAGAGGCUUGGGAAAGGAUAAGAUGACCGUGGUGCCACUCAAGGAAAACAGUGCCUUAGCCAAAGGGAGCCCAUUGUCCCCCAGCAUCCCGGAGAAAAACUCCAGAACCCUCUGUAGGACCAGCUCGUGUUCAGAGCAGGAUGCCUGCUCCAGCAAAAACGGCCAGCCGGCCAGGGAAUUCUGCCCCAGGGAGGUGACCGUGGAACACACCACAAACAUCCUCGAGGAUCACUCUUUCACAGAGUUUAUGGGUGUGUCAGAUGGGAAAGAUUUUGAUGGUUUGACGGAUUCUUCUGCUGGAGAACUUUCGAGUAGGAGGAACCUACCAAAUACAGCGGACAGUAGGAGUUUCUCACAUGGGCCACAGGACCCUGGCCAGCUAUGUUCCUCGGCAGAGAAUGACCAGGGGAGCGGCACUGCUCGGUGAGAGGCAGUGAGCACUUCCUCCGAAGGCCACAGCAUCUCUGCUCCGGUCGCCUCCCAGAGCACCAGCCCAUCUAUCAAACACGCUGCAGCUCGGCCGGACCUCACACCAGCACAGAGAAGCCACGGCUUCCGGGGCCACCUCCUCCCCCUCCCCUCCCGAGCCGGGAGGAGUGGCACUUUGUCACUCGGGUGACUCGGCAGCCUCUGCUUCCUUCCAGAGAACCGAAAAUCCUGGCUUCACAAAGUGACAGUAUUUUUGUUUGCACUCACUACACACACCCACGGUGUAGAAACCUCCACAGAUUCAACCAGACUUUAUUCUUGUACAAUUUUAAUCAGUUCUUACUGUAGAAUCUGGAGUCAAUGCUCUAAUUUUUUUUUUAUAAAUAAUAUAUAUUAUGUAUAUGAAAUGUAUAUCUAUAGUAUGUCUGGAGAGACAGGACUGCACACUGAAAUGGAUAAAAGUAGUUUGUAGAAAAUCGUAAGGUACUGGACUUUCUUACAAAGCAGCUCGGGCGAUCUCUCAGAACACAAGCAGAUGAAAGAGAUGGUCUUGCCUGAGAAUGAGGUUGCAAAUCCCUCUCUGCAGCAGGGGUUACAGAAUGCCGUUCUUUAUAACCAAAGAACUUACCUAAGACUGAAUGUUUUUGCUGUCCACUCUUGUUUUAUGUGUACAUACGUGUUUGACUGCAAGUUCGGUGCCAUAUGCCCUGUGGCUCCCAGGCCACGUGCUGCCGUUCUCUGUCGUGUUUCCUAAGCACACUGAAAAAUCUCACGGCUCCGUUCUUUGGUCUUCCACCUGGUCCUCCGCCUGCUGACUUGAUGUGGUCCGGGAACCGUUGACAGUGACUGGGGCUCUGAUCCCAGUCUUUCCUGUCCCUCGGUCCAGCCCAGCCAGGCAGGUGGGAUGCAGAGAGCAGUAUUACAGAAAACACAGGGACAAACCAAGAGUGGGGUUAGGGGGAUUUUCGUCUCUUUGUGGUUCUGUUUGGGGUUGGUAGGUUUUUGUUGUGGUGUGGUUCUGCCGUUGUUUUAUUUCAUUUCUGGAAGACGCUGCAGGGAUGACAGGAGCUGUGAAGUCCACAGGUGCCCGCUUCACAGUGUUCGCAGGAGAUGGUUGAAGACAGAUGGCCCUGCUGUGUGUCUUCAUCGGUAAAAUUCUUUUACCGAUGGAGACUCUGAAGAAUUAUGUGUGUGGGAGUUUUUACAAAAGUACUCUCUGUACCUAUUGUGUAGAUUCUUGUACAGUUGGUCCAGAUGUACAGCAAUAAAUGUGUCGUGGGAGCGAGCAAGGGCGUACAGCCUGCUGUACCUUUUCCCUUGAAGUUCGUAGCAUCCGUGAAUGAGUAAGGUAUUGGAGAUUUUAAUGCGAAGCUGCUGUUCAUGAUUUUUGUGUAUAGUGAGCUGACUGUAGUAUUUUCCUAUUGACUGUUUAAAAAGAGAAAGACUGUAAUUUAUAUCCCCUUUCAACUUUAUUGUAUUUAAUUGGUACAGAUUGUGUGUGCGUGUGUGUGUUUUAGAAUACAGACUGUCUAAUUGCGAUUUUAAAA